AUGGUUCUGAAAGCUGGAAGCAGACCUCCAUGGGUGGGUCUUGCAGCUGCAGUUUGGGUCCAAAUAGGAGCUGGCAAUGCAUACAACUUCCCCCUCUACUCUUCUGCUCUCAAAUCCGUGUUGGGUCUGAACCAGAAGCAGGUUACUAUUCUGGGAGUGGCCAAUGAUGUUGGUGAGAACAGUAGUUUCCUUCCUGGUAUUGCUUCCAACAAGUUCCCCCCUUGGGCAUUGCUUCUGCUUGGUUCUUUCCUUUGUUUCUUCGGUUAUGGCCUUAUCUGGCUUGUUGUUAGCCAAACUGUUUCCCCAUUCCCCUAUGUCAUGUUAUGGCUUGCCCUUUGUGUUGCCUCCAAUAGCAGUGCAUGGUUUGGCACAGCUGUGCUUGUUACCAACAUGAGAAACUUUCCACUCAGUAGAGGCACCAUCUCUGGCAUUCUUAAAGGUUAUGUUGGGAUUAGUGCUGAAGUCUAUACGUUAAUAUAUAGCAUGCUGCUCAAAGAAUCUGCUUCUAAAUUAAUCUUGUUCCUGUCAUUUGGAGUUUCUGUUGUGUGUUUACUUAUGAUGUACUUUAUUCGCCCUUGUACUCCCCCUUCUGGGGAAGACUCUUCAGUGCAUGUUCAUUUUGUUUUUACCCAAGUUGCAAGCAUUUUACUUGCCUCCUAUCUUGUAAUCAUCGCAAUUGUCGACGACUUGGUUUCUAUAAAUGAUGCUGUUUCCCACAUCUUAGUUGCCAUAAUGAUUAUACUUCUUAUGACUCCCCUUGCAAUUCCUGCUAAGAUGACACUAUUUCCUGCCAAUUCUAAGAACAACGUUCCACCGGUUGGUUCUUCAGAUCGUGAUGAUGUUUCAAUGCAGACAAGUCCAUUGCUGACACCAUCUUCCUCAGCUGCAUAUCUUGGAAGUUUUCAUGAAAGUGAGGAUGCUUCAGAUGUUGAUACACUUAUUGCAGAGGGGGAGGGAGCCAUAAGGAAGAAAAGAAGACCAAAAAGGGGAGACGAUUUCAAGUUCCAAGAAGCUUUAAUCAAGGCUGAUUUCUGGCUUCUUUGGUUUGCUUAUUUCCUUGGUGUUGGUUCAGGAGUAACAGUUCUCAAUAAUUUGGCUCAAAUUGCAGUUGCUUUAGGUGUACAAGAUACAACCAUAUUGCUGUCAGUCUUCAGCUAUUGCAAUUUUAUGGGGCGUCUCGGUGCUGGUGCAGUUUCUGAACACUUUGUUAGGUUGGUAAAACUGCCUCGAACAUUUUGGAUGGCAAGUGCACAAAUAAUUAUGGUCUUAGCAUUUUUUCUUUAUGCUUCUGCUCUUGAUGGCACUCUUUAUGUUGCAACGGCUUUGCUUGGGAUCUGCUAUGGGGUUCAAUAUUCAGUAAUGUUUCCAACUGUCUCUGAGCUUUUUGGUUUGAAACAUUUUGGUGUUAUUAGUGGCUUCGUGAUGCUAGGCAAUCCAAUUGGUGCCCUUAUUUUUUCUGUUUUCCUUGCUGGCAAUGUAUAUGAUAUAGAAGCUGCAAAGCAAGGAAACUCCACUUGCUAUGGUGCAAAUUGCUUCAGGCUCGCUUUUCUGGUUUUGGCUGGUGUCUGUGGACUUGCUACCAUCUUUAGUAUAAUUUUGACACUUAGAGUACGAUCAGUGUAUCAAAUGCUGUAUGCUGAGGGUUCAUUUCGUCUAUCUAUGGCUUCAACUCACUGA